CGCUUCACACAGAAGCGGUUACAGGCGAUGGGUACACUGGAAGACGAGAAAUAAUCCAAAAAAGACAAGAUACGACGUCAUUUUAUUAUCUGAAAAUGGGGGCUUGUGAGCUUCUGAUAGCUCAUAACGGAGGCGUUGAGAGAAACAGCGUAAAUUUCCGUUGAGUUCGUUUGUAUGGAGAGACGAGACUUGCAGACAGAAAACUCAAGAAAUUGACAAUCUCAUCUUGGCUUUGACUGAAAACAAAGGCCGUUUUGUCAACAAGGACCACGCUAAAGACACUGGGAACGAUGUUGAUGGCGUCUGCAGUGAUCGUGUGGGAAUGGCUGAACGAACACGGGCGCUGGCGGCCUUACAGCCCGGCGGUGUCUCAUCAUAUCGAGGCGGUGAUUCGAGGCGACCCUCGGGGCGGCAGCGUUGUGUUAGGCCAGGUUGACAACCGACUAUCGCCGUAUAUUAUAGACCUGCAGUCCAUGCACCAGUUCAGGCAGGAUACAGGUACCCUUCGCCCCGUGCGCCGCAGCUUCUAUGACCCCACCUCUGCUCCAGGCCAGGGCUGGGUGUGGGAGUGGGAGAACGACACGGGCUUGUGGAUGACCUACGACACUGAUGUGGGCAUCGCCAUCCAGGCGGCGCGGGACCGGAAGCAGCCCUGGAUGGACCUGGCGCCCCUGGGGCUCUGCUACCUCAUCGACUUCCAGACCAUGACCCAGAUAAACGGUCAGACGCAGCGGCGCCGGCGCAUCCAGAGACGCUCGGACCUGGCUUACCCUCUGGUCUCCGGGCCCCUGCCCAAACCUCACGGCUGGGCACCAGGGGCCGUAGGUGGGAGCGGAUCAGGAGCGCUUCUGGGAGUGGGGGUGUCGGGGGUUUCUGCCACCAUGAAUGGAAGCACAUACCCUAGCGGGACGCGCUCCACAUCUUCCCUCACUCCUCUGGGACAGCCCUGUGCCUGCCAGCAGUGCAUGAUGGUCUUUAACGUGAAGGCCACUUCGAUGGCGCACACGCUAGGACGUAGAACAGUAGCGAGCAAACCCCCCAGUCCCAAGCCAGCACCGGUGAGCCAGUCCACUGCUACUAACAAACGCUCGCAAACACUGCCCCGCCCCCUGCCGCUGUCCAGGUCUCUUUCACCCGGCAAAAACACUGCGGCUAUCAGCAGCCUUGCCCACUCCUUCUCACUCUUGGGCACAGCCUCUGCCACCCUCUCUCGGUCCUCUACCCGGCCCCCUCCCCCACCUCUGCCCCCGCUUCCCCCACCCCCACCUCCUCCCCCGCAGCAGCAGCAGACUACCUCUACUGCAACCGGCUCUAGCUGCACGACCCCCACUACCUCCACCCCUGUGGUGCCCACGGCCACCCUCAUCACCACAGCAACCACAUCCUCCUUUCCACCUGCCGCCCGCGUCCUGGGCUCCGCCGCCUCGUCGGCCGCUUGCGCCGCCCCGCUGCCCACGCGCGCCAGUCUGGCCGGGCUGAGCCGUCCUGCCCUGCACCGCAUCGCUAUGGCGCAGUCGCGGGCGCUCAUCGCCUCAGGGGUUCCCACUGUUCCAGUAAAGAACCUCAAUGGCUCCAGCCCUGUUCACCCUGCAUUGGCUGGUAUUACAGGUAUCCUGAUGAGUGCUGCAGGACUUCCUGUGUGUCUGACCCGCCCCCCAAAACUUGUCCUGCACCCGCCCCCUGUCAGCAGGAGUGACAUCAAGCCUGUCCCAGGACUGGGCCACUGCUGCCGUAAAACCACCAAGAAGCAGGCCCGGAAAGGUAGAACCCCGGAGGAGGUGGUGCGGAGAUACCUACAGAAGGUUCGAAACCCCCCUGAGGAGGACUGUACCAUAUGCAUGGAGCCCCUGGGCAGUGCCUCUGGGUACAAAGGCCCUGUAGUGAGCGGCGGGCCACGGGGCGAGCUGGUGGGGCGUCUGGCCAAGUGUGGACACCAGUACCACCUGCAGUGCCUGGUGGCCAUGUACAACAAUGGAAACAAGGACGGCAGCCUGCAGUGCCCCACCUGCAAGACCAUCUACGGGGUGAAGACGGGCAACCAGCCCCCCGGCAAGAUGGAGUACCACGUCAUCCCCCACUCUCUCCCAGGGCACCCUGACUGCAGGACCAUCCGGAUCAUCUACAACAUCCCACCUGGCAUCCAGGGCCCUGAGCACCCCAACCCUGGGAAACCCUUCACUGCCAGAGGAUUCCCACGACACUGCUACCUCCCAGACAACGAGAAGGGGCGCAAGGUGCUGCGGCUGCUGCUGGUAGCCUGGGACCGCAGACUCAUCUUCUCCGUGGGCACCUCCAGCACCACGGGCGAGUCGGACACCGUCAUCUGGAACGAGAUCCACCACAAGACAGAGUUCGGCUCCAACCUGACAGGCCACGGGUACCCUGACCCAGGCUACCUGGACAAUGUGCUGGAGGAGCUGAGGGCCCAGGGGAUCACUGAGGAGGAGAAUGUGCAAAAGGAGUGAGGAGGGAGGGAGAUAGACAGUACCAGCACUGUAGGGCUAGUCUGUAGGACUCUGAGAGGCACAGGGGGUCUCCAUCCUGUAGGACAUAGUACAGGGCAUGGAGUAACAACACACUAAUAUACAGAGAGAGGUAGAGAGAGUGCUUCUCAGUGGCUGCAGUGUUAGUGAUAGCCUGACAAUAAAUCAAUUAUAUCUGGCACUUAAUACAGAUUUACAUUUUGCACUGAGGGUUUAAGGCUAUUGUACAAUGUAGCUUAAAGAAUGUAACUGCACUAGGAAAGAUAAUUACAGUAGGUACUACAAAAAAUCUAUUCUAAUGAAAUGGUUCAACACUAUAUUUGGUGUUUUUAUAAUAACACAUUAAUGAUGCAGAUACAUUGAGAGAUGGAGACUGAGGCUUGUGAGGGAUGAAAGAAAAGAAAUUUUUGAUGGGAUGGUUGAGAAGAAAGAGAAAGAGAGGGUACAGAAAUAGGAGGCUGAAGAGGGUAAUAAAGAGGGUUAAGAGAAUGAUUAGGGAGGCUUUUGCUUUAUGGUGUAUUACAACAGAGAGAGAGACUGCUAUACCAUUGACCAAAACACUUUUAUUCACAAAACUCUGAGAAGUUGCACGGUACUCCAGGAGUCAGUGUCUGUG